GAGAGAGGCAUAGAGAGAGAUUUUAGGGAACCUUGUAUGAACCUACCACCACUCUUCUCCAUUCACAUUCCUUAUUCUUUCUUUCCUCACUUCACCCUCCCAAACACUUAUACCCAAUUCCUAUCUCUCUUCUCACAAUUAUGUUUUUAGAUAAUUUACAGUAAAUUUUUGAAAAUAUUGCAUUUAAAUUUACACUGUUGCCCACAUCACAUCAGAGGACCCCUUUAUAACAGCGGGAGAACCUCUUAUUCUCUCAAUCCACACAAACACGACACGAGACACCGCUCUUCUCUCCCUCACACUCUCUAUUCAUUCACAAUUCACAAUUCACAAAGCCCAAAUCAGAGUCAGAGAGAUAGAGAGAGAUGGGUUUGCAAAACCAAUUAAACGACGUGUCGUCGGGUUCGAUUCCGCUGCUGGUGUUGGCGCACAUAGCCACCUGCGUCAACUACCUCCGCUCCAUGCUCCUCGCUCUCCUCCAAUCACUCGGUCUCUCCAGAUUCCACACCGACCAGAUCGUCGACGACAGCUUCUUCGCCGCCGUCGGAUCCGGCCUUGCCGGACUCAUCAUGCUCUCCGAUCAGCUAACCCUCAACAACCAAUUCUUCUACAACGGCACCGCCGACCACGACUGCGUGGUGUGCCAGACCACUUUCAACGACGGCGACCACGUUCGCAUGCUUCCCUGUCGCCACGUCUUCCACCGCCGAUGCUUCGAUGGCUGGCUCCACUACAACUUCAACUGCCCCCUUUGCCGGUCACCACUUUUCUCCGAUGAGCGCGUGGCUCUCACGGAGCGUCGCCUCGGUCGCCAACUCGUCUCCUGGUUCUCCCUCAGCUGAUGCGACGUCGUUUCCUCACUCCAUUUUUCCAAUCUUCUACUAUCCCAGUUUUACCCCUUUCGCGGUGCUCUACACUCCUUUUUACAGAGUUGGUCCGGUUUUAAUUUAUUUUCCUUUUUUCUUUCUCUAAUUAUUAGGAUUUUUAUUUCUUUCGUAGGGUACUAGGGUAAACUUCUUUUUUUUUUUUUUUUUCUAGAACAGUAUUUUUGCUGAAAGUAUUUUUUGAAGGGCUCUCUACUGUGUGAGAAUCCUUUUUGAGCUGCUGUAAAUUUUGGACUCCUAUGUGUGUAUGGGUAAUAAUUGGAGAUGUUAGGAAGUUUAUGCUAAAUUUCCAUAACUGGA